AUAAGCUUUACAAAGAGUAUUUCUACUUCAUCAAGUUUUGCAGCACUCGCGGAUGAACGCUCGAAAUAUCAACGUGAAUCAAGUGACAAAGUCAAAAAACAGGACGAUGCAGAAAUUUUUGUUAAUAUUGUUGGCCACCGGCCUCUUCUCUCUACAAUCCGGAGACGCGCUCAAAUGUAGAAUAUGCAAGGGAAAUUGUACUGAUUUACAAAAUCAAAGUGAAGUCGAAGUGGCAGAGUGUUCACUGCCUUCGACUACGGAACCAUCGAGCUCAGAAGCAUCGAGCGCGGGAUCAACGAAUACGCAAUCUUCAACCUCUUCAGCAUCGAGCUCAGAAGCAUCGAGCGCGGGAUCAACGAAUACGCAAUCUCCAACCUCUUCAGCAUCGAGUUCAGGAUCACCUAGUUCAGAAGCAUCGAGCGCGGGAUCAACGAAUACGCAAUCUCCAACCUCUUCAGCAUCGAGCUCAGGAUCACCGAGCACAGAAGCAUCGAGCACAGAAGCAUCGAGCACAGAAGCAUCGAGCUCAGAAGCAUCGAGCUCAGAAGCAUCGAGCACAGAAGCAUCGAGCACAGAAGCAUCGAGCACAGAAGCAUCGAGCUCAGAAGCAUCGAGCUCAGAAGCAUCGAGCUCAGAAACAUCAAGCAUAAAACCAUCGAGCACUGAAGCAUCGAGCUCAGAAGCAUCGAGCUCAGAAGCAUCGAGCUCAGAAACAUCAAGCAUAAAACCAUCGAGCACAGAAGCAUCGAAUUCAUCGAACACAAAUAAAACGAACUCAGAAGUUUAUUAUAAUGCUUAUUUCAAUAAUAGAAAUGAAAGGAAGCGUAGAAGUUUGCUCGGACGUUUUUCCUCAGAAAUAAAUGCACGCUCAAAUGAUACUGAUUUCCUUUGUUAUACUAUUAAAAAUAAUCAGCAAGAAAUCACGGAAAUGGGAUGUACUACUACUGACGCUAAUAUUUGUAACAAUAAUACUAACUCAACUAAUACUAAUACUUGUAACGUAUGUAAGGAAGAUGAAUGUAAUUCGGCAACAUCGAAUGCUGUUUUCGCUUCUAUGGUGUUCUCUUUGUCAAUAAUCAUAUUUUUCAUGAAAUAAAUAAAUUGUCAAUUUAUUUAUUAUAAAGUAUACUUUUUCGAGAAUCAAAGAUAUCAAUCAAUUUUCUUCGUUUUUUCGUGAUAAACAUCGAUAUUGCUGAAAGUAACAAAAUUUUAUAUAUCAUUAUUUAUAAUGUCAAGAUUCUAUAUUUGUAUCCAAUUGGCCAAUAAAAACUUGUUUUAUGUUACUUAAA